UGACGAAAUUUACGCUGUUCCGGGUGCAUGCAGCGGCGUCAGAGCAGGAAUGAAAACAGAAAGCUCAUUUCUAUGUCUGCUCCCACUUUACUCCCUCUGUAUCCUUCCCCCUGAAACUUUUAAUACAACAAAUCCAAGUUAACCUCCACGUGUCGAGACGCGAUGCUACAGUUAGCUUCCUACACACCUGUGAGCAGCUGUUAGUUUUGCAGGAGUUAAGAUGAUUCAGAGGGACGGUGAACGGAGGUGAGCAGGUAUGGGCUCCGUCCGCUGGGCUUUCCGCUGCGGGUCGUGGACGCCGAGCAGGUCCGACUGGUUGUUCGCCGCUCGGUGCGUCCAGCGGGAAGAGAAGGACAGGAUCGGACAGUUUGUUUUCGCUAAGGAUGCAAAGUCAGCGAUGGCUGGCCGGUUGUUGCUCAGGAAGUUUGUGUGUGAGAGGAUGGGAAUCCCCUGGUCUCAGAUCAGAUUAGAGCGAUCCCCCCGAGGGAAACCAUAUCUGGUUGCCCCACUCCAGGUCACCACAAGUUCGGAUCCAUCCUGGAGUUUCAACCUCUCCCACCAAGGCGAUUACGCUGUGCUUGCUGCACAGCAGGAGUUGCAGGUUGGAGUAGAUGUGAUGAAGACCACAAUGCCAGGCAGCAGCUCCGUCCCGGAGUUUUUCCGCAUCAUGACUCGUCAGUUUACUGCGCACGAGUGGAGCACUAUCCAAUCAGCCGACUCGGAGCACCAGCAACUUGCCGCGUUCUACCGCCAUUGGACCCUGAAGGAGAGCUUCAUCAAGGCCAUCGGCACAGGUCUGGGUUUCAACCUGCAGAGGAUGGAGUUUCACCCAUCACCCGAACCACUCACACAGGGCUCGGUGCUGCGCCAGACCAAGAUGCAUCUUGAUGAGGAACCAGAGGAGGAGUGGAUAUUUGAAGAGAGCCUGCUGGAUGCUGACCAUCAUGUGGCGGUUGCGCUCGGACCAGCAAACAAGGCGGUCUCUGCACCUCUUCCUCCUCCCGCCACCUUCACGCUGCUGUCGUUCAGUGAGCUCAUCGCCUCGGCCUCGCCGCUGACAGAAGAGGAUCCUGCCUACUGGGAAGGUUUCAGAAUGAAGGCCGAGGCUCCACAGAGACAGAGGGAUACACAGAUAUCCGGCUGACAACAUGUCUCACUCUGACAUUCACCUGCCCAACACACACGAACCUUUCAAAGGUGCCAAAGAGGAAACACUGACAUUGAAGCUGCUUUCUUAUUCAACAUAAGUCCAGUCAAGUGCUGUCAAGUUUCUUUACAGACUUAAAAAUCUAAAGUUUGCCUCCAAGGAAUCUAACUUUAGAACUUUGCUGAAGAAAAGAAAUCUUUUAACUCACAGAAGCUGUUCAACUUUUUAAGCAACUUGGAUAUACUCUGUAUUUUUCUUCCUUUUUGCCAUGGCAGUAUGUUUUUCAGUUUAAUGAAGCUCUUAUUUAAAAAGCCAAGUUAAAAAUAAUACUGAGCCUUAUUGAUAUUGGUAGGAUAAGCAUAAGAUAAAUGCCUGAACCUCUUUGAAAAUCUCGACUAAGUAAAAACAUGGUGUAGAACACACAGUUGCUUUGCUGUCAGCUCGAGCUCAACUUCAGAGAUAAAAUAUAGACUUUACCAUCUCAGCAUGAUGUACUGAGUUGUUUCUCCAAGUUGGUAUUGUUUUUAUUAAAUAUAUUAAUUUCUUGUCUUUUCCGUGGAUGUCAAUUUAUCUCCAUUUGUCAAAAACAACAUUGUCAUGCCCUGGAAUGCUUUUACAGUGCAAAAUGACAAAAGUAAACUUAUUUUACCAGGAAAUACAAAGCUUCGAAGUGGAAACCAGUUUGUAUUAAAUACAGAGAGUGAUGCAGACAGCCUUAAAUAAGACUGUCUGUAUAAUGAUGUAUAAACUUUCAGUAGAAAAAUAAAAAAGACACUUCAGCCUUUU